AUGAGCCAGGCAAAGCGCCCUUCUGAUGACUCCACUGAGGAGCUGGAAGAGCAAGAAGCUGAGUUUAAACGAAGACGAUUGGAGGCACUUGGUGCACUUGCUCUCAACAAGAAGAACCAUAUCAAGACUGCGCGUGAGAUUAUAGCCAAUUACAAUGCCAAGGACUUGCGGUGGACACUGGUCAUGUUUUGUGAGAUAAAGCCCAAGCUAUUGACAGAAUUGAGGUUGUCUGUGCCUAUCGAAUUCUUACGCCAGAAUGGGAAAGAGGUGUUUGCACAGGGCUUGCAGUCAUGUCCAAACCUCAAGGAGCUUGGCUUGGAAGUACCAGGAGACAGUCCCCGUUUAACAAACAACACGGAUGCCCAAGCUUUCUGCACUCUCUGCAGCAGCAUUCUUCUCUCAAUAACUGGUCUUGACUGCUUUUCUGUACAAGUGCUCGGGAGUACAGAUGGACAAUCUUUGAGUCAGCUGCUCCGUGCCAUUUUUGUCAAAGUGAAAUCCUGUCAUCUAUCAGUUGGUUGCUCUCACCCAAGGCAGAAUGAUUCAGAUUCUUGGGUCCCCUUUGAGGUUCCAGACAACAACAUACUGCAGAGUCUACAGCUCAGCCCAUUUUUGGGUGAGAAGACCAACAAAGGCAUUCUUGGAAUCAUCCGUGGAUUGACAUCGUUGACUCACCUGGAUGUGCACUUGUUUCAGCGUGAUGCUACCAUUGACGCAAAGGAUGAAAUUGCAGCACUCCUGUAUCAAAAUCGCCUUGAAUCUCUCAAGAUGCGCCAAUGUGAUGGAGUCAGUUGCCUUGACGUCCUCACGGAUGCUUUGAAACAGAAUACCUCAUUGAAGAUACUCAGUCACAAGCCAGACUUUGUCUGCAUACCACAACGACCUGUCUGGGCGUCGGUACAAAAAAAUUCUCGCGAGAAACUCAAAAACUUUGCUGAAAUGAUGGAACACAAUGUAUCGCUGCAAGAUAUGAGCUUAGGGUUUAUGUGUGCUGAUUUUACUCUUCAAAACCAAAUCACCUACUGGGCACACCUCAACAAAUGCGGCAGAGGAAAAUUGAGUGAUCCAAAGGCACCAUUGGAUGAGUUGUUUGGUGGGUUGGACACUGCCAUGAAGUUGUGCCCUGAUGAUCCUGUCAAGCUCUGGUAUGGGCUGCUCCGAGCAAGCCCAGGACAUUGGGCUGCUGCAGCGAUGACUGGAUUCUGA